AUGAGCUCCAUCCCACCUCCGUGGCGUACCGCCUCGGCUCCUACCGGAGCUUUUCCAACUGCGACACCUGCCUAUACCACAGUACCAGCCCGUCGUAGCCUGCGCACUCACAACCCCAACCCCUCGGUCUCAAACGAAGCACACCAAUCUGCUAUGUCAACAACCGAUUCAUCCCCUCCACCCACGCAGUUCUCCCCCGCUAUUCGCGCCUACGUGCAACGGUGUUUUGCUCCCGAGAACCAAAUCCCUGGUAUUACUCUCGCGCAAAUGCAGGAGAGGCUGCGCGAACUCAUCACCGAUGCGGCUAAAAAGAAUUUACUCAACGCCAUCAAGUGGGAGACACGGCGAACUCCUCAGGAGGAGAUCCUCGCAGAACAGGCCAACUCCGGCGUCUCGAGCCGACCUUCGUCCACUCAGCCCGCAUCUAUCGGAGAUGCUUCGCGCAAGCGCAAGCCAACAGAUUCCCACCAACUAUCUGAUAUCAACUCGCCACCGUGGAGAAAUACUAACAAUACUAGCUUUGAAGGCCGAGUCACUUACCCACCAAAACAGAAGAAAACCUGCAUAGCAUCGGACGCGUCCAGUAAGUCCAAAGCUAAUUUGGAGAUGAGGAAGAAGCGGUUCGAGGGAGCCGGCGCCACCAACGGGAAAUCGGCCACCUCCUCUCCCCAGCCCGAGGUGGACCAAGGACCCGUGGUAGGACGAUGCGAGACAUUGGAGAAGAACUACUUCCGUUUGACCUCUGCACCCAACCCGGAUACCGUUCGUCCCUUGCCAGUUCUGAGAAUGACCUUGGACCUCCUGAAGAAGAAAUGGAGGAAGGAGGGCAACUACGGCUACAUCUGUGACCAGUUCAAGUCCCUUCGCCAGGACUUGACUGUCCAGCACAUCCGGAAUGAGUUUACCGUGAGCGUUUACGAGAUUCAUGCGCGCAUCGCCCUGGAGAAAGGGGAUCUUGGUGAGUACAACCAGUGCCAAACCCAACUGCGGGUUCUCUACUCGCAGCAACUGGGCGGCAAUCCGACGGAAUUUAAGGCCUAUCGUAUUCUCUAUUUCAUUUACACCCGGAACUGGACCGCUAUGAACGAUGUGCUAGCCGAUGUGACUGCUGAAGACAAGAAAGACCCCGCUGUCAAGCACGCUCUCAAUGUUCGAUCUGCUCUUGCGCUCGGAAACUAUCAUCGCUUCUUCCUGCUCUACCUGGACACCCCAAACAUGGGCGCGUACCUGAUGGAUAUGUUUGUGGAGCGUGAGCGUUUGAGUGCUCUCGCCGCCAUAUGUAGAGCUUACAAGCCCGAUGUGAAAAUUCGAUUCAUUACCGAGGAACUGGGCUUUGAGUCCGACGAGCAGACUGCGCGUUUCGUCAUUGACCACUCUUCCGCGGAGUUACUCCAGGAGAAAGACGGGGAAGUGAAGCUGCUGGCUGGCAAGGCGGGUAGUCUGUUCGAACAAGCCAAAGCGGACGCUUACCGCGUCGUCGAUAUCAAAGGCCAAAUCUAA